AUGCUCUCGGAAGAUGAAUAUUACACGGCAUUACACCAACUACACAAUGUUCCAUCAAAAUAUCGAGGAACACAACGACAGAAUUAUCGACGACGACUGAAAAAGCAAAUCAAAGAAUAUGAAUACAACAUCAAGUACACGCAAUUCACGCCAUUACCAUACAUACCAUAUCACGUGAACCGAAAAACACCCAUACCAAUCCUACAACAACUCAUCCAAGCCGCGACAUCGUCUACCGAAUUUACACUGGAUACGGAAUCGAUGAAAGUUUACAAAGCACCGAAUCGUCCAGCACUUAUACAAGUACAAAUACUCUUACCGUACAAGUUAUCGCUCGUGGUUAUUUGUGAAAUGAUGCACUUACCCCCUCGACAAUCGGAAAGGUUCACACUGAUCGCCGAAUUCUUCAAAGCAAUCUUCACACACGACAAAUCGAUGUACAUUUGGGNUCAAAGUUUACGCGUAUAG